CAUGAAGUUGCAUUAAAAUAAGAGGGGAAGAGAGUGAAAACUGUGGCAAGGCCUUCCAAGUUGAGCAAAGCUGUUGGUUCAAAGCAGAAGUCUUUGUAAUGGGUCGAAUAAGAAAGCCUUCUCCUUCCUCUGAUCUCGACUCUACUACUAUUGCUGAAAUUUUUGGAGACGGCAUAUCUAAGCAUCGCUCCUGUUGGCUACACGUAGUUGCACAUCACUAUAACCAUGAAAAGAAGAUAACUUUGGAAGUAGUUAAGGAGAUAAAGAAGGGGUUUAGGCACAUUUCACCAUGUUUUUUUGGAACUUUUCCACACCGUAAGCGUUCCAAGCGGAAGAGUGGCCUUCAUGUUAUCCCUAGCAUAAGAAAGAAGCUAGACACUGAAACAUUUGAGCACUACAUGGAGGUAAUUUGGAAAAGCUUUUCAGAGAAGAAAAGGAUGUCGUUUGCAUACCUUGAUAGUCUGUGGUUUUCAUUGUAUCGAAAAGCUUCAACUAGGCCUAAAGUUCUGGCAUGGAUUAAACAGAAAAACAUCUUCUCCAAGAAUUAUGUGUUUGUUCCUGUUGUUUGCUGGAGACACUGGAGCCUCUUGAUAUUUGUCCACUUCGGUGAUAGUUCCGACUCAGAAUCUAGAACCCCAUGCAUGUUGCUGCUUGACUCACUUGAGAAUGCGGAUCCAAAGAGACUUGAACCAGAAAUAAGAAAGUUUGUUGUUGAUAUUUAUAAGGCAGAGGGCAGAAAAGAAGACAAGGAUGUGAUUUCCCGAAUUCCUCUCUUGAUCCCUAAGGUGCCUCAACAGAGAGAUGAUGAGGAAUGUGGAAGCUAUGUUCUCUACUUCAUCAAUUUGUUUAUGAAACUUGCUCCUGAAAACUUUAGCACUUCUCAGGGCUACCCAUACUUUAUGACAAAAGAUUGGUUUGAUCUAGAAAGCUUGGAGUUUUUCCGCGACAAGCUUGACAAGGAACUGUCUGGAAAAAGGCCUGCGACAAAUAGCGAUUCUGGUGCAUCUCGGCAGAGGUUGAGGAAAAAGAGCGGUGUGAUUUUGUUAGAUGACUGACCAAAAGUUCCUUUCCCUUAGUGUUGGCUGCAUAUUAAAAGUAUAUGUUUGUAGCAUACUUUAACACAAGGGCAGAAGGCAGAAGCAUUCUAGUCAGUAUGUAAAUGUGUCAGACAAUAUAUAAUUGAUUUGUAUUUUUUGUGCUUCUGCAUCUGAAACUGAUUUAGAUUAUGUAAGCUUGUACAGAUAACUUGCAUCUAAAUGUUAAAUUACUUGAACUUUUGUAGCAGAA